AUGGUUAGGUUGAUAGACAGACUAAAAUCUCGACAUCUUAAAUCGUCAAGCACGUUGGAUGUUGGAUGGGGUACAACUUCAAGAGAUUAUAUUCACCGACUUGGAAAACUCAUUUAUCCUUAUGCUAGAAUUAUUCUCCCGAAUUUCAAAGCAGUGCAUUAUUUUUAUAUCAUCACGAUGACUUUCUUAGCAUCAGUAUUAAUUUAUCCAGUGAAAAACAUCCCAUAUAUUGACGCACUAUUCCUUGCGGCUGGUGCAGCAACACAGUCUGGUCUCAACACUAUUGAUCUUAAUAACAUCGACCUAUAUCAGCAAAUUGUCAUUUAUGUUGUAUGUAUUUUCACUACACCCAUAUUCAUCCACGGAUCUCUCUUAUUUGUGAGACUCUACUGGUUCGAAAGACAGUUUGACGACAUCAAAGUAACCUCGAAAUUGAACUUUAAAAUGAGAAGAUCUGCAACGCUAGCAGCAAGAGGAGAUAUGCCUGCUGCAACGACGAGAAAUACUGCAAGUAACAGAAUUUUGGGUCUACCAGGUUCUCAUUAUAAUGGUGCAACGAUUGAUAGCGUUUUGGAUAAUAAUGAUAGCACUCCUCAAUCUUCAUCAACUGUUCCCAAGCUGACUGAUAGCAGCGAAAACAGUAAUGAUAAUAAUGUUGCAGCCGGUAUUCAGAAUAAUGACCAAGACGAUAAUCCAACUGAACGAAAUAAAAGACCUUCGUCUCCGUCCGAUCUUUCUUCGGCAGAUCCAUUAUCUUCUCACCAGGAGACUGAAGGGAUAAGGUUUGGUGAUUUGCCUCACCCAUCUAACAUACGUAAAAAGGAGGUGGAUCCUUCCGAUAUGUACAAGUCGAUAGCAAUGUUAAGAAACAAUCAGCAAAGGCAUUCUAAUCACCAUUCACACAAUGAUGACAAUGGAGAUGAUGAUGAUGUUUUAAUAAUUAAGCCACCUAAUGAAAUUGAGAAGGGUGGUCAUAAUCCUAUUUACACUACAAAAUCUCAGAUCCACUUUAAAGUUGGAGAUAAACCGAUAAAGAGAUGGAGGCGACCACUGAAGAGAAGUAUCUCUAGGCGCAAACAAUGGGAAAAACUAAGAAAGUCUCUUUCGAGUGCUCCUAUAAGUCCUUCAAGAAGAAAGAGCUUCAAGCAUUCGGAUACUGACCAACUGAUUGGAGAUGACGAGGAGGCGGAUGAAAAUAUGUCUAUUGACUCUGAGACCCGCUCAGAUUCGUCACAUUCGAUUGAUGGUACGAACGAAGAUAUUAGUAGCUUCCAGGGCAUGAGCGAUACUGGAGAUGAGGACGCGGUCACUGAUGGUGACACUACGAAUGAUGAGAAUGAAGAGCAUCAUAAGAACUUCAAAAGAGCUCACACUAAUCAAGUCGAAGCACCUGUUGCUGAGCCUGAAGUUGUGGGUUUCAAGCGAGCCAAUACCCUAGAUAUUGCACCGGGUAAAGAGGCAAAUUUUAUAAAAUCUCCUUCGUUCGAUAGAAUAAUCAGAGCACGGAAAAAAAAUAAGCAUUUGAGGAAAUUACGUUCUCCAAGUUUUCAUAGAACACAUUCUUCUAUCGACUCGGAUUCUGACGAAGAAGACUUGGAAUCAGAAAAGCACUCUUUGAAGAAAACAAUGAGUACUAAUUACUUGUCCUGGGUUCCCACUGUGGGUAGAAACUCUGCCUUUAUACAUAUGACUGAUCAGCAAAAAGACGAGCUUGGGGGGGUAGAAUACCGAGCUGUUAAGCUAUUAAUCAAGAUUUUAGUCAUUUAUUAUAUUGGAUUCCAUGUUAUUGCUUUGAUCUGUUUGCUACCUUGGAUCUUGGUGAGAAAGCAAUAUAUAAACAUAGUGAGAGAAGCAGGUAUAACGCCUACGUGGUGGGCCUUUUUCACUGCCAGCUCGUCUUUUAAUGAUUUGGGCUACACGUUAACAAGCAAUUCUAUGUCGAGCUUUGCUGAUGCUAUCUACAUAUUGAUGAUCAUGUCUUUUUUUAUUGUCAUUGGAAAUACUGGAUUCCCCGUCUUGUUGAGAUUUAUCAUUUGGAUACUUUUCAAGUUCUCUCAUCCUCUCUCAUUAUUCAAAGAAUCUUUAGGAUUUCUUUUGGACCAUCCGAGAAGAUGCUUCACGUUAUUAUUUCCCUCGAUGCCCACAUGGUGGUUAUUUUCUAUAUUGGUGGUUUUAAACGGUGUCGAUUGGGUUUUGUUUAUAAUAUUGGACUUGAAAAAUAAGUACUUAUCAAGUAUUCCAACCGGAUUUAGAGUAUUUGAUGGUUUAUUUCAAGCGUUUUGCACUAGGACAGCCGGCUUUACGGUAAUUGAUUUGGCGCGGCUUCAUGCUGCCGUACAAGUAAGUUACAUGCUUAUGAUGUAUAUAUCUGUUUUACCCUUGGCCAUUUCCAUCAGAAGAACAAAUGUCUACGAAGAACAAUCAUUAGGAGUUUACCUUAAAGAUGAUAGCAAAGAUGAUUCGGAGGAAACACCAAAAUCAUUCAUAGGAGCGCAUUUGAGAAAUCAAUUGUCUUUUGAUUUAUGGUUUAUUUUCUUGGGAUUAUUUAUCAUAUGCAUUGCUGAAGGAGGGAAAUUAGAUCGAGGCGAUCUGAGAUUUUCCGUCUUCACUAUUCUUUUUGAAAUUAUUAGUGCUUAUGGAACUGUCGGUAUGUCUCUAGGUUAUCCCACUAAUAACUCAUCUUUUUCAAGAGAGCUAAAUACUAUUUCAAAAUUGGUUAUUAUUGCAAUGAUGAUUAGAGGUCGUCAUAGAGGUUUACCUUAUACCUUGGAUCGUGCAAUUAUGUUACCAGAUGCAGCGAUGAGAAAGAGAGAUGAGUUACAACAGUAUCAUGCCUUGCAAAGACAUCAAACGAUGGAUACUAUGAGGCACUCUCAUUCUGGAAAUGACGGGAAUUUUCUAACCAGAACAAUUACAAGAAGCUUGCAAAGAAGAAGGCCAUCUUUCUUCGGUGCCCAGUCUACCAGUUCGCAUGUACCAGGAAAAAACGAGGUUCCUGAGACACCACAUUACAAGGUCACUGACGUUGAUGACGUAGAUGACAUCGUAUAA